AAAGAUAAAAUGAAGUUUCUUAUCGGAAAGGUAAUUCCGAAAAAACGCAAAGACAUUCAAGGCCUUAGAGGACUUGCAAUAAUUUACGUUCUCGCUUUUCACCUGUAUCCUCAGCUGUUUCCUCGUGGCUUUCUCGGCGUUGAUAUAUUCUUUGUUAUUUCUGGAUAUCUUAUAUCACUGAUUUUAAUGAGAGAAAAAAGCUUUACCUUAACAAGCUUCUUGGUUUUCUACAAGAAGCGUAUAAAACGAAUAUUUCCAGCAUAUUAUGUAAUGCUUUUUUUUCUAUUUUCGUUCGGCUAUUACCUGUUGGCUGCAGAGGAUUACUUUACUCUACAAGUGGACUCUGCUUGGGCUGUUGGCUUCCUCACAAACAUACACAAAUACCUCCAGAAUCUGGACUACUUUGCUGAAGUACUUUAUUAUGCCAAAUAUCUGCAAAUUCAAGUUUUUCUCAAUUUUAUAAAUUUCUUUGAAGGAUUUAAAAAUACCCCACUUCUUGUCGCUGGAUUGUUCUCUUUAUCACCAGUUGCUUUUAUGUUACCAUUACACGUAACUUUUCUUCGUCUUCUUUGUACCCUUGGAGCUGCCACAGUGAUUUAUCUUGGAAAUGAGUUCACUAGUAAUUUCGUUCUGGGCAAUUCAUAUCUUUAUUUCAUCGGAGAAAUCUCAUAUUCUGUCUACCUUUAUCACUGGCCAAUUAUUACGUUUGUAAUGUAUUAUACAGAUACAAUGCAAAUUGCAGGUAUUUUAGUAAACACUAACUCACUUAUCUUGUUUUACUUGAUAGUGAAACGUUUAAGAAAUACUUUUUCAAUUAAUAAUUCAGUUAGUAUUUUGUUCAUAAUGACACUUUCCGCACACGGCUUGUCUCUCUCUACCCUAACGGAGAAAAACGUCGUCAACGACAGCAGAAAAGAAACUAGAUUUGGUAAGCGUCUGUUAUGGUUGCUGACUAAUUUAUCCAGUUAUAAACUUUUAUGCUUUAAAUUAUAUAACUUAUUAUCCUGA